AUGUUUAUCAACCACGGAUCGCACGUCGAACUUAAUCGUGUACUGACCUGGCUGAACGAUCCGGCCAGAGAACUCCAAGAAGCCAGUCAAGCCGUCCCCGACGAGCACGACGACCCGGAUGAUCUUUCCGAUGACGGCGAGCUUUCCGAUGAUAGCGAUCGUUCCGAAGAAGAAAUUGUCGCAACUUAUCACCCAAAACUGCGACGGUCGGUCACGUCUCGCGCAACCGAAGUGCUUGCAUUUCACCAAUGCGAUUUCUUGCUGAGCGUGUAG